AUGAGUCUCUCAAACACGGGCAGAAACUUCACAGCACCUGUCUAUCGGGACAACUUACAAACAGCCAUAAUCAAGAAUGUGAUCACUGUGGUUCUCUGCAUCUCCAUCAAUUACAUCAACAGCACCCUGGUGCACACAUUCAAAAAGCAUCAGGUUUUCAAUAUGAACCCUCGUUACAUCCUGUACAUCCACCUGGUAAUCAACGAUAUAAUCCUGCUCACCAUCUUCACCCUCAUUCAAGUCCUGAGUUACAUCGUGUUCACUCUCAAUGUCUCCUUAUGCAUAGUUCUGAUGAUGACUGCUAUAUUUGCAAACCUAAACAAUCCCCUAACACUAGCCGUUAUGGCCGUAGAGUGUUAUGUCGCCAUAUGCUUCCCCCUCCGCCACACCCAGAUCUGCACAGUCAAGAAAACGUACGCUGUGAUCGGCCUGAUAUGGCUGCUGAGUACACUUUCUGUCCUACCGGAUUUAUUCGUCGCCUUGGCCACAGAAUCCAUGGAAUUCUUUCAUUCCAGAGUUUUCUGUCUCAGGGAGAAUGUUUUCAGACACCCCCAUCUCACAGAGAAGAGAGAUAUAACCAACACAGUGUUUCUGGUUAUUGUUUGGCUCAUUCUUUUCUAUUCAUACUUCAGGAUCCUCAGCGCUGCACAAACAGCCGCUACAGACGCCAAGAAAGCAAGAAGCACUGUCCUCCUCCACGGCUUCCAGCUGCUGCUGUGUAUGCUUACCUAUGUUUUUCACCUUAUGAUAGAAGGUCUGACUUACUUGUUCCCUAAAGGGGUACUGGCCAUUCGCUUCGCCAUCUCAAUAUUUGUUCAGGUUCUGCCUCGACUCAUCAGCCCGGUCGUUUAUGGGCUACGAGACAAGACUUUCAGGAAGUAUCUGAAAAGAUAUCUGUUCUGCACAACAGGUGCUAACACUCAUCCACAAACAUCGCAGAAGAGGCCGUUAUAA